GUCAAAAACGUCAUCCUCGUCGGUGCCUCGGGCAACCUCGGCCCCAUCAUCGUCAAGACCUUUGCCCGCCACGCGCCGCAUUUCAACUUCUCGAUCCUCACCCGUCACGACUCCAAUUCCACCUCCACCUUCCCCGCCAACAUCCCCGUCCUCCGCGCCGACUACUCCUCCCUGGACUCCCUCACCGCAGCCUUCAAGGACCAAGACGCCGUUGUAUCCCUCGUUGGCCCAGCGUUCCUCGCGAAACAGACCAUCCUCGUCGACGCGGCCAUUGCAGCGGGCGUGAAGUUGUUCCUGCCGAGCGAGUAUGGGUCCGACACGGCGGAUGAGAGGUUGAGGGAGGUGGUGCCCAUGUUCGAGGUCAAGAAGAAUAUCGUCGAUUAUCUGAAGCAGAGGGAGGAUAAGAUUAGUUGGAGUGCGGUUAUUGUGGGUGGAUUCUUCGAUUGGGGCAUCACAUCCACCUUCCUCGGCUUCAACGCCUCGACCAAGACCGCCACCCUCGUCGACAACGGCACCGUCCCCUUCACCACCACAAACACCACCACCAUCGCCCGCGCGCUCAUUGCCAUCCUAUCCAACCCGUCCGUCGCACGCAACCAAUACGUCUACAUCUCGUCCUUCACCCCGACGGGCGCCGAUAUCCUCGCCGCCGCGGAGCGCAUCACGGGCGCCCAAUGGACCGUCAAACACGUUUCUAGCGACGACUUGGUGAAAGAUGGGAAGGAGAAGGUGGCGAAGGGGGAUCGCAUGGGGGUGGUGUCGUUGUUGUUGGCGGGGCUGUUGGGGAAGGAAGGGUUGGGGGAUAAUCGGAAGAAGGGGAGUGAGGAGUGGAAUCAGCGGUUGGGGUUGGAGGGGGAGGAUUUUGAGGGUAGUGUGAGG